CCAUCCCACCGGUCACGUGUUGGUCCAAACAUCCCAUCGCUCACCCAAACACGCUCUCAAUCUCUCUCUUUUAUUUUCCAUACUUUAAAAACCACUGUUCCACAACACAACACACCACACAAAUCUCCUUCCUCGUAACAAUGUCCGACACGGAAACCACGCCCGAACAACCCUCCACUCCGCCGCAAACGGAGGCUCCGCCGCAGCCCGACCCCUCCGCCGCCGUCUCCUUCAGCAUAUGGCCCCCCACUCAGCGCACCCGCGACGCCGUCGUCAAACGCUUGAUCGAGACCCUCUCCGCCCCCUCCGUCCUCUCCAAGCGCUACGGCACUCUCUCCUCCGACGAAGCCUCCGCCGCCGCCCGACAGAUCGAGGACGAGGCCUUCUGCGCCGCCACCGCAGCCUCCGCUUCGGCCGCCGCCGACGGCAUUGAGACCCUCCAGGUCUACUCCAAGGAGAUCAGCAAGCGGAUGCUCGACACCGUCAAGGCCAGAGCUCCGCCGAGUCCCGCCGCCGUAGAGGGCGUCGCCGCCGCCGUCUCCGACUAAUUUUGUGUUAUGCGAUGAUGUAGAGUUACUUUCUAUUGUGUGCGUGUAGGUUUUUGUUGCAUCCAAUUGUGGUAAUAAUACUAAUCCAUCAGUUUUAUUCUCAUUAUGUAGUGUUUGCGUGUUGAGUGUUAUAAAUUGAGCUUCUCAUUACAUUACGUAGUGAUGUUGGUUUCUCUCUUUAUGUGCAAAUUGAGUUUUCUUAAUAUUUUAGAAUUUAGA